AGGUGGCGCCGUGGCUCCAGUGUGAUGGAGUUUAUAUCAUCUGUGGAUUAAACAUUCAGUUAUUAACAUUCAUACAGAGGAUAUAAUGGGGUUACAGUAAAAUAACACGAUAAAGCUAGUGUGAGGAGCCGAGAGGCUUCAACUCCCUCCUGCCCUCAACACACAGGGUCUUCAGGAUGGAACCAGCAGAAGAGGAUCGGUGCUCAUUUAGGAAGUCUCCACACACUCCUGGUCCUGGUUCCAGUUCCGGUCCUCAUCCUGAUCACUCACAGGCGGGGACUCGCCCCGGUCCUGAUGGAGGAACGUCGGUCGCUGUCGGACGCGUCACUCCUGUGGACAAAAAGAACAGAAGGUUCCGGAAGAAGCCCGUAAAAGUGGAGGAACCCGACGGACGUUAUGUCUGCACAGAAGCAUCUGUGGAUCACGUGACCUCUGAGAACCAACAGAACGAAGGACUGAAGAUUGUGAAAGUAGAAGAUGUUGAAGAUUCCCUGUACUGUGAGGAGUGCAAAUCCUUCUUCGUCACCAAGUGUGAGGUCCACGGUCCACCCGUCUUCGUCUCCGACACCGCCGCUCCCAUGGGGGUCACCGACCGAGCCAGGAAAACCCUCCCCCCUGGUCUACAAGUCCGAGAGUCCGGUAUUCCUAACGGCGGUCUGGGGGUGUUUAAUAACGUCGAGGCGGUUCCGCUCGGGACUCACUUCGGACCCUAUCAGGGGGAACUGGUGGAUAAAGAGGAAGCCAUGAACAGUGGAUACUCCUGGGUGGUCUCCAAGAGAGGGCAGGGUGAGGAGUACAUCGACUCCAAGAGAGAGACUCAUUCUAACUGGAUGAGGUACGUGAACUGCGCCCGGACCGAUGAGGAGCAGAACCUGGUGGCGUUCCAGUACCGAGGGGGGAUUUAUUACCGGUGCUGUCGACCCAUCGAACCGGGGCAGGAGCUCCUGAUGUGGUGCGACGAGGAGUACGCCAAGGAUCUCGGCGUCACGUUCGACUCCUUCUGGAACAGGAAGUGCUCCUCAAACGAAACCAACACGUCGCUGCAAAUCUUCUCCUGCUUCUGGUGCCCGCUGUCCUACACGUCUCAGAACUACUUCUACAAGCACAUCAGAAGAUGCCACAACGACAAAUACGAGACGCUGGUGAAGUCGGGGGAGAUCGACUACGACAACGUGACGCCCACCACCAGCUCCAGCCUGCACCAGAAGCAGAAGGAGAUUCACCAGUGCUCGUACUGCGAGAAGAGCUUCAUCAACCAGAGCAACCUCCAGCGGCACGAGCGCAUCCACACGGGCGAGAAGCCGUACGAGUGCGCCGACUGCGGCAAGUGCUUCAGCAACCAGUGCAAUCUCAAGCUGCACCAGCGCAUUCACACCGGGGAGAAACUCUACCACUGUUCGCUGUGCGGAAAGAGCUUCACCCGGCAGAGCCACCUCGAGUCGCACCAGCUCACGCACACCGGCGAGAAGCCCUAUCACUGUUCGGUGUGCGGCAAGAACUUCAGCGGGAGUAGCAAUUUCAAAAAGCACCUGCGCGUUCACACCGGCGAGAAGCCCUACAAGUGCUCGGAGUGCGAGAAGAGCUUCAGCGACAGCAGUAGCCUCCGCCAGCACUUCCGCCUCCACACGGGGGAGAAGCCGUACCACUGCUCGCAGUGCGGGAAGACCUUCACGCACCAGAGGAACCUGCAGAUACACCAGCGCCUUCACACCGGAGAGAAACCCUAUCAGUGUUCCAUGUGUGGGAAGAAUUUCGCCCAGCAGAGCAACCUCAGGGCGCACGAGCGCAUUCACACCGGGGAGAACCUGUACAACUGCUCGAAAUGUGGACAGACCUUUAACUACUCGAGUACACUGAAGAGGCACAAGUGCCCCAACGUGGGGCCGGCGGACGUGGCGAAGCUGAACGAGUGGUCAAGCCCAGAGGAAAAAGCUGAAUGAAUAUGAACAUGAGGUCAAGCUGUAUUAGGUGUAUUAUUGUAUAAGUAUUGUUCAAGUUAAAGAACCAUGGCUGAGUAGUUUAAUCAAUAUAUAAUCCUGAUAUUAUUUCAGAUUUUCAGUGUUUAUUUGGGAAGGGGGGGGUCAUUACUGUAUUUAAAAUUAAUUACCUAACAUUAGAUAAUGUUACCAUUACAGUAACUUCAGUUCUCGGUCACAUGACGUGGAGAGAUACUUCACCUCUGUAGGAGUGAAGGUGGUCCUGGAGGAGCAAGAAUGAUGGGAGCUGUCCGGCUUCAGUGGGUUAAAUAGCUGGGGGUUCCAUCCCAUCAUACAGCGAAUAUUACUUUCAUAAAGCCGCUAGUCUUUGCAUCAUGGUAAGGGCGUGAAUUUUGAACUGUAAUAUUCGUUUUUUUGGAUUUAAAUAAAGAAUCAUCUUGUACGUGUAAAUCUCAAACUGCUGAGGUGACGUGUUAAUGAGAGGUCAUAGGAGAGUGGCCAGCCUGUGAGCAGACAAACAUCUCAGAUUACACAACACAUCGGUCUUGCCAGCCAAAAACAAGAGUAGUCUGGAAUGUCUUUGUCAUGUAUACAUAUACACGUGUACACAUGACAUUAAAACACUCUGUCCAUUUCAUCAGCUCCACU